AUGAAGGUCGCAGUCAUCCUCUCAUCCCUUCUCGGCCUUGCCCUGGCAACCGCCAUCCCGACUACCGAACUCGAACGUCGCGACCCGAGCGAUAAAUCCGGAAACUCCCAAUUCGCCUUUCAGUGCGAGGGAGUCACCAUUCCCGACCAAGGAGGAGCUUCAGGUGAAGGCGAGGGUGGCGUUGGUUACUUCACCAGCAAUCUGGCUUUCAACGCCCAGGGAACAAAGAUCGACCCCGUCGCCUGCACGGAUCAGGACGGUACUUGCAGCAACUGUCUGUUCUCUGGCGGCGGUCUUAGCUCGGACACCAAUGUUACCGCAUGCUGGAACCCGCCUGCUGGCAAGGCAGGAUGUAGCAUUUCAUUCUCGUACAAUGGAUAUGACUAUGAUAGCCAAAACAAGGAGCCCUACUGUGGUCACGAGGAUGGAUUUGCGGCUUUCUCAUUCGAUCUGAGCGCUGUCUGCUAUUUCAAUGUUUAG